CGACACGGAUUGAAAGGCAUUUAAACCAAUCAGAAAGCACGCUAACGGAACAUCUUCGCCAGAUCCGGCCAAUCACGGCGUGAGACAAGGAAGCGGAGGAGCUCCAAUACGCGAUGACAGUUGUCGGUUUACGCCAAAUUAAGAUGCUGUGGAAAUAAUUUCCUGAGAUUUUUAAAAAUUAUUUACAAUGGAAUCAUGAAGGAAGCGCCGUCGUAAAGGAUUCAUGCAAUUUAUGUACUGUGUUCGCGGUGUUGGUUUUUUUUACUGACAGAGAUGGAGACUCUGAUUCCUGUGAUCAACAGACUUCAGGAGGUCUUUGUCACCGUGGGAGCGGAAAUUGUGCAGCUGCCUCAGAUUAUAGUGGUUGGGUCGCAGAGCAGUGGCAAGAGCUCCGUGCUGGAGAGCCUGGUGGGGCGUGACUUCCUGCCUCGUGGGUCGGGGAUCGUGACACGGAGGCCCUUGGUCCUGCAACUGGUCAAUGUGCCCCCGCUGGUGGACCGGAAGCAAGGCGAGAGUGGAGUCAAAGCGGAAGAAUGGGGAACAUUCCUUCAUUGCAAAAAUAAGAUUUUCACAGACUUUGGGGAGAUUCGCGUGGAGGUCGAGGAGGAGACGGAGCGUGGAUCUGGGGACAGUAAGGGGAUCAGCCCAGAGCCCAUCCAUUUGAAAAUCUUCUCUCCGCAUGUCCUGAAUCUCACGCUGGUUGACCUUCCAGGGAUCACCAAGGUGCCUGUAGGAGACCAGCCAGAAGACAUUGAGAGUCAGGUUCAGGACAUGAUCCUCUCUUUCAUCUCGAACCCAAACUCCAUAAUCCUGGCAGUGUCACCUGCCAACUCGGACCUGGCCACCUCCGAUGCCCUCAAACUCGCCCGAGAGGUUGACCCAGAUGGGAGGAGAACCCUUCUCGUGGUGAGCAAGCUGGACUUGAUGGAUGCUGGUACGGAUGCUCUGGAGGUUCUGCUGGGCCGGGUCAUUCCCGUCCACCUGGGAAUUAUCGGAGUGGUGAACAGGAGCCAGCAUGACAUAAACACCCAGAAGAGCCUGGCAGACUCGGCCCGGGACGAGCAGGCCUUCCUGCAGAGGCAUUACCCCUCCCUGGCCUCACGCUGCGGCUCCCGCUUCCUGGCUCGCACCCUGAGCCGGCUUCUCAUGCACCACAUCCGCGACUGCCUGCCUGAGCUGAAGACCCGUGUGACGGUGCUCACCUCCCAGUACCAGGCCCGGCUGAGCAGCUAUGGGCAGCCAGUGGAGGAUCACAGUGCCACCCUACUGCAGAUCAUCACCAAGUUUGCCAGUGACUACUGCAGCACCAUCGAGGGCACAGCACGGCAUAUCCAGACCUCAGAGCUCUGCGGUGGGGCACGGAUCUGUUACAUCUUCCAUGAGACCUUUGGUCGCACGCUGCAGUCUAUCGACCCCCUAGCUGGCCUGACGGAGCUGGACAUCCUCACCGCCAUCCGCAACGCUACGGGCCCGCGGCCGGCACUCUUCGUGCCCGAAGUGUCCUUCGAGCUGCUGGUGAAGAAGCAAAUCAAGCGGCUGGAGGAGCCCAGCUUGCGGUGCGUGGAGCUGGUGCACGAGGAGAUGCAGAGGAUCAUCCAACACUGCAGCAACUACAGCACGCAGGAGCUCCUGCGAUUCCCCAAGUUGCACGACUCCAUUGUGGAGGUGGUGACCAGCCUGCUGAGGAAGCGCCUCCCUAUCACCAAUGAAAUGGUCCACAACCUGGUAGCGAUUGAGCUGGCUUACAUCAACACCAAACACCCUGACUUCACGGACGCUGCUGUGGUCUCUGCCUCAGUCAACAGCCAACAGGUGGAGACCCUGCAGGAUGGAGGGAAGCGUUGGAAGAACGACAAAGCAAUGGAAGAGAGAGCAGUGGCAGAGAAGGCAAAGGGGCCGGGUUCAGCCUACAGCAGCCCCAGCAAAGGGCAGGCCGUCAACCUUCUGGACACCGCCGUGCCAGUGUCCCGCAAACUCAGCACCCGAGAGCAGCGGGACUGUGAGGUCAUCCAGCGCCUCAUCAAGUGCUACUUCCUCAUUGUGAGGAAGAGCAUCCAGGAUAGCGUGCCCAAGACGGUGAUGCACUUCCUGGUGAACUUCGUGAAGGAGUCCUUCAGAGUGAGCUGGGUGCGGCAGCUGUACAAGCAGCCGCUGCUGCAGGAGCUGCUCGUGGAGUCGCAGGACAUGGCGCAGCAGAGAACUGAGGUCGCGCGGAUGCUGGGGGCUCUGCAGAAAGCCAACCAAAUCAUCUCAGAGAUCAGGGAAACGCAUCUGUGGUAGCCCCGCCCCCCUUCCCCAGAGUAGACGAGCCCUGAUGAUGUCACAUCCAGGCCAUGACACUGGCUGAUCUCACACCGACUCGCACGUCUUCGUGCCUCCAUACCCGUGCGUCCACCAUCUAUCCACACAGAACAAAAUCCUGAGUGGAUUGCAGAUUUUUGUGUUUUAAUUAAUUGUACUGAGGUUGGGACGAGUUUAAUUUCAUUGCUAAUUCUGCUAAGGAAAGCAUCUCUCGGCAAUAUCAAAAUUGUAAAAUCUGCACAAAGAUACCCCCCAGCAACACCAGUGAAGCAGACUCUGAAAUCAUCCCUGUUACUACAACCUGACCAAAAUGUGAACUAAUUAAAUUAAUACGGUGCCUGAAAUUCGGGAAUAAACAGCAGCCAGGAAAUGGGCCUUUUCUGGCUGGCUAAUUGGGAAAGCCAAGAGCUCCCAAGAAUAUUAUUCUGUCCUUGUACCAUUUAAUUUACAUUUGUUCUUACGUUUAAGUUCUUCCACUGCAAUGCAUAGGACAUCAGUGAGAUUUUAGCAUAAUUCAGUUUAGGUUAAAUUUAAUUACAUGGCACUUUUUGCUACAGCCUGAUUUAUGGGAAAAGAACGAUGACUAAUUUUCCACUCAGACCACUUUUUAGGUGAAAUAUUUUUUUAAUGGAAAGCCGGCCCCGUAGCGUGCAUUAAAUCCAUCCAGCUCAUCGAGCAGUCAAACAGCAUCCGGGCUUUGCCGCCGUGACCUUUGUCGCGUGGUGUGCUGAAUGAAUACGCAGUAGACCUCUCAUGCACGGUGGGUUUAAGGCAGUUGCACGUAGCACCUGCGCCGUUUAAAGCGAUAGCCAUGGGUACCGUUUGUCACGCUGAGAUUCAGCCCAGCUGAGCUGUUAAUUAAAACUGCGACAGAUGAAUUGGGGGAGUACAGAUAUGCAUGGUAAAUAUGCACAGCUACCAGGGAGGAUCGGCCUGACUGGGCGUGCAUCGGAGGAGCGAUCCCAGCACACGGCCAUAGCCUUGUAGCAGUGGGUCCCUGUCAUCGCAUUUUAGGUCAGCUCCUUUUUCAGUUUCUUGACUGCUUAAGUUUGUGUGUCGGGUCUCGUUAAGUGGCUUAGGGCUACAGCUGGGAAACAUAGUUAUGACACCACUGACUUACGUGGUCUGUGAAAGUAACAUAUUUAUGCGAGUAAAUGUAGUAAAAGUGGAUUGUUUAAGUGUGAGGACGUAUGGUUUGCACUAAGGAUUCGUCUAGAAGUGUUUCAUCUUUUUCCUGUCCCGUUAAACGCCAGCUAUCGAUCUGGAGAGCGAUGCUGCUGGCUCUGACCGCUACUUCGUUAAAACGCUGCCAGGCGAUUUGGCCUUUUGAAGAGGAGUCGGGUCUCUUGGGGACUGAUGGAGCGGCCGAUUAGCCGAGGGUCACCUUGCAGCCCCGGUUCCGGAUCCUUCGUACCAUAAUUCGUUCCACCUGGAGACGGGAGAGCCCAUCGGCGCCGCGUAGACCUCCAGCCGCAUUUAUAGUGUUGAUUUGCGACACCGUUCGCUCCGUCCCAGUUGCAGUCCCUCCGUUAGCAAUCACGUUGCUCCUUUGUCAUCUAAAAAUGAAGAAUAACUAAUUCAUCAGGCUGUUGCAUGUAUUUAGGGCCAGUCGUUGCUUCUACCAGUAAGUCCUAAUCAUCCACACCUGUCCCCAAAGCCACACUUCCAGGAGAUGCUGAUCUGUAUGCUGAUUGAAAAUGUGUCACUCUUAAAGCUUGUUAAUUAAGGAAAAUCAGCCAUUGUGUAACCCAAACCCACUCUCAAAACCAUUGCCUUUGUCAUGGUGAUAGGAAAGAUGAGCUAAACACCUGCAAACUCGUCUUUUUUUGUACAUCUGUGUGUGUAUGAGAGUAACUGUAUGUUUUCUAUUGUUAAUUUAAUAUGUAACUUAAUAAACUGCCUGGAAAUGUU